AUGGCUCCACCCUCUCAGAACAUUCCACUUCCUAGUCUCACCUCCACUGAUGAAUCCAAACUUGACUUAAAGGCUCUGUCUUUGAGUGUUUCCUUCCAUGGGUGGAGAGAGGCGAACUCAGCUUUCAAGUCAUGGGCUAUAAAAAUGUCAUCUUUACACAGACCCACAUGGAGAAAAGCUGGUAUCUUCGAAGCAGUCAUGGCAUCUACCAAAGGACUCAACAAAGACACAGAUCUCCUUCUGGGUAUCGCUGAGAGAUGGUGUCCCGACACCAACACCUUCCUCUUCCCUUGGGGUGAAGCAACCAUCACACUUGAAGACGUUAUGGUACUUCUAGGCUUCUCUGUUUUGGGCUCACCGUAUUUUACUCCUCUGGAUAGCUCGGGAGAGGAGAUUCUGAGGACACUGGAGGAAGAAUGGGUCAAGAUUAGGAAAGGUAGUUCAGCCCAUUUGGUAACUAAACUCCAAUGGAUGGGAAGAUUCAUGGGCACUAGGGGUGAGCUUGAGCAUGCGGCUUUCCUUGGGUUGUGGCUAAGCUACUUUGUGUUACCAACAAGGUAUUGCCAUGUUGACCAAGCUGUUUUGUCCAUAGCUAUUCAUCUCUCUAGAGGUACUAGGAUUGCUCUUGCUCCUCCUGUUCUUGCUCACCUGUAUGCUGACUUGAGUCUCUUGAAAGAGCACAUCAUAGGUUUCAAGACAGUGAUGUUAAACGACAAAGUUGAGCUGAGUGCCUUGUUUAAGUUGGUUCAAGUUUGGACAUGGGAGAGGUUCAGGGAGCUACGUCCCAACAACACUAAUCCGUUGCGGCAAGGUGAGCCAAGGUUGGCUCUUUGGGAUGAAGCGAAACCAAGGAAAACAAAGAGGCAUGUGAGGAUGAGAAGAAAGAGAAAUGUGAGGGAGAUACUGGCAAACUCGAAGAUGGAGAGUUUUGAGUGGCGUCCUUACACAAAAGCUGUGAGGAACUGGAACUUUCCUAAGUUUUACCCUGAGAAAGCAAUGUCUGUUCCUAUUGGUCCUGAUCUUGAUGAGGAGUUCAUCUCCUUUGCUAGAUGCAUCAAGGAUGUUCCUUGUCCUGUUAACCAAAGCAACCUCUUCAAAGAGGCAGCUUGGGAUGAGUACAACAAGCCUAUUGAUGGAUUGAGAUUGUUCGUCCCUUCUCGUUCUGCAUUAUCUUAUUUUACUUCAGUGUACUGUGAGUGGUGGAGGAAGGGUAAGCGAGCUGUUGAACUAGCUGAAUCAUUAGGUGAUGAUGAUACAUCUAAGCCUGUUCCUUCUGGUUCUAAGAAGUCAUUGAAGCGAGUUAGUAAGGAGGAUGAGUGA